ACUGGAGGAACAACAGUUGAAUGAAGCGAGUAGAGUGUGAUACAGGCAAGGAGUGCAACAGGGGCCGUGCUCGCUGGGGGAGACAGGGGUUCAAACCCCACUCAGGACACAUAUAUAGAUUGUAUUUAUUUGUGUGCAUUUUGUUUUUUUUUAAAGUAGAGUAUAAAACGCUUUGGAGUGACACGGAACCAUUGCAACCAUGUCUGCUACAGAAGUUCUGAUUACCCACCCGCAAGUUUCUCGCUGCAUUCCCGAGGAAGAACUGCCUUGCAAACCCGAAUGCAUAAUCCGCAAUGAAGGGCUGCACUCUUCCGCUGGCCUGGCCACUGCAGGCUUCAGGACAGCCAAGUACCUGGAUGAGGAAUGGCUGCAGAACAACUACGCCAAGUAUUACCAGGCCUUCGCCGACCGGGACACGGCGGAAAACAUACAGAACAUGUCCAAGACCUUGAUAGCCGAGAGGGAGAGGCUGACUCAGGAAACCCAAGCCACCUCCACCAAGAAGCUGGGCGAGAGGCUGCAGGACAUUUUCUUCUGGAAGUCAGAGCUGAAGAGGGAAAUCGAGGACCUGUUGGCCGAGACUGACCUCCUGCUUCAGCAGAAGAGGCGUUUGGAGAUUGCCCUGGACGCGACCGAGAUAGCCAUGUUCAUAUCGACCGAUAAUCUGCAAAACAGGGAAAGGCGCCAAGGCCCCGAUCUGGUCAAAGACAGGGUGGAAGACGAGCUGUUGAGGGAAGUUGAUUUGAUUCAGAAUGUGCAAGGAGUUUUGAAGCGAACUUUGGAUGAGGUCAACAAGCAGAUAAGGAGGAACAGAGAUGCCAAGGAGGUCCUGGAACUGGAUUGGUCAGAUAAAUACGAAGCAUAUAAAAUUGAUGUCAAAGCCGGGGGCCUCAAUAACCAGAGCACAAAUAUUCAAUUCCAUCCAAACUCUGCUAAGUUCGAGGACAAUUCUUCAACUCCACAGACUUGGGCUGAAUUCACCCAUUGUAACAUUUAUAAAGCUGAACAGGAGCGAAUGGCAUCCAUUAACCUACGCGCUCUGGUUGACAAUGUGCUACGUGAGACCUCGCAAGAUCUGCGUUGCCAGUAUGACCGUGUCAAUGCUGCCUUUCACCAGCGUCUGGAAGAACUCAGUGAUGCAAAAGCUAAGUUGGAGUAUCAUCUGAGAAGGACACUUGAACAGAUUGCAGAGCAGGAGAAAAACAUUGCCCAUCUAAAACAGGCCAUAAAGGACAAAGAGGCUCCAUUGAAAGUCGCUCAAACUAGACUUUAUGAGAGGACCUACAGGCCGAAUGUGGAGCUCACCAGAGACCCCGCUCAAUUUAACUUGGUCUGUGAGGUUGGUGAAAUCCAGGAGUCCAUCGCUCUCUUGCAAGAGAAACUCCGAGAAGCCCAGGCAUCCCUGGAGAACUUAGAAAACACUCGAAUGACUCUCGAGAAGGAAAUCGCAGUAAAAGUAAAUAGCAUAUUCAUUGACAGUGAAAAGUGCCUGAAACACCGUGAACGAUACCCAACUGUCAUUAGACUUUCAGGUUAUCAAUAAACAAUAUAAAACCACACACUUCAUAUGAGCAAUAAUAUUUUGAUUUUCCAGGGAUUUAUAAUCUGAAAGCUGCACCAAGAUGCUGUACAUAUAGGUAAAAGCAAUCUGAUUCCAUAUGAACAAAUGAAGUGAAAUCAUCACUAAAUUAUCAUGAACUUGAUGGCCACAUCCAAUAUCUUGACUGUCAAGAUGAAUUAUCAGCAACAGAAUUUUUUUGAUGUUAUCACAAUCUACCUUGCAUUUUUUCAAAUCCUAUUUUCAUAAACAGAGUUUGGAAGAUGGCAGAGGGAGUCUCAUAGAAACCUAUAAAAUUCUAACAGGAGUAGCCAGUACAAAUGCAGGAACACUGAGCAGGGUGUUCAGAACUGGGGCUCACUGUCUCAGGAUAUGGGGAAAGCCACUUAGGACAGAAAUGUGGAGAAAUUUCUUUACUCAGAGAGUGGUGAUCCAGUAGAAUUCUCUGCCACAGAAAGUGGUCUUGUUUUCUAGAAUGAGUUAGAUAUAGUUCUUAGGACUAAUGGGAUCAAAAGGUUUGGGAGAAAGUGGGAGUAGGGUGCUGGGUUGGAUGAUCAUAUUGAAUGAUAGAGCAGGCUCAAAGGUCCAAAUGGCCUACUUGUGCUCCUAAUUUUGAUGUUUCUAUGUUAAACCACAGGAAUAGAAAAGAUUAUAGUUCAUGUGUAACAUAACUAAACUAAAGAAUUACUAAUUUAAGGCUUAAAUACAUCAUCCUAAAACACUAAACAAGACACCAUUUUACACUUGUAACCCCCAAUUAUUCAGUGCCCCCUUGGAGUCAAAUUCCAAUGUAGUCUUCAGGUAAAGCAGGAGUUAAGGUGAUAUUCAGACAAAUGUAGCCCAGCCACUUUCUAAGGUCAAGUAUUUGAUUGCAACACCAUGUAAUGUACAUGCUGAAGUUUUUUUUCUCCAAGUCAAGUCUUAGUGUUACAUUUUAUGGCUGCAAUCAACAUUGGGAAAGCUGUUUCCACAAGAAGUUCUCACAUCACAGAUAAAAUGGUUACAUAAAAACAUUAUGGAUGGAAAUGGAUAUGUUUAAUGAAUAAAACCCAUUGGGAGAUGUCAACAUAAGAUUUAUCAAUGGACAUUCCAAUGGCUAUACGAAUACACUGGUCAAUCUCCUUUAAUUAUAUGUGCAAGCAAAGUGUUAUAUGAAAUGGGAUUAGAAAGCAGUAGGUAAUUGGACAAGGCCAUGCAGACAUAAUGCAGGCCCCAAUUUUAAGGAUAUAAAUUCUGUCCUUGUUUAGUGUAGUAUUUAGAUUUUAUAAGGUAAUUUAGUUGAAAGGUCAAACUGCCAUCUUUUGGCUCUUUGGGUCUCAUCUGGUAUUGAUUCAAAUGAUUAGGAUUCAUGAUUUUCUUGAUUCUUGUUUUGUUUCAAUAAAGAAUGUUAACUUCUUUUUAAACUAUUACUUACACUAAAUUACAAAUUUCUGGUGCCUUUCACAACUGCAAGGUUUGUGUAAAAUUGAUUGGUCAGUAUUAAUAGAUCAUCAAGCUGUGGA